UAAAAAAGCAAACAACAAAACAAACCAAUUCUGUAACCCCAAAAAAGAAAAAGAGAAGAGAGAAAAAAAGCAAAUACUAUAAAACUCACUGUUGCGUCGAUUCAAAACACAAAAACUCAGUGACUAGUAUAAUGUAUCAAGAUCGACAAGGAGUUGUAGGAGGAGGAGGCGGUGGCGGGGGCGGAUCUGCGCCACACGGAAUCAUACUCGCCGUCGUCGUUGCAUUGGUUGUACUCGUUCCGUUCUUCAUCGGAGACGGUGGUGAAGCCAUUACAGAUGCGAUCGCGGAGCUUCUAAGUCCGGUGGGACUUCUCUUGCUUCCCAUCGUCCUUCUCCUCGUCAUCCAGUUUCUCUCGUCGGAACGUGGUUCUUUUGUAUCGGCCAUUUUCUCCACCGGAGAACCUGAGUCGAUUCACCGUGUUAGUGGAUCUCCCGUUGGUGUUGCUCUGUUCCUCGUACUGAUCUUGUUCUUACUCUACAACCGCUUCUCCAUCUUCGGCGGAAACGAUGACUCCGAUGACUGAUGCGACGUCGUUUUUUCAGAUCUAGUUGUUUUCUUUUUUUAAUUUCUUUAUUUGAUUUUUUUUUUUUAAUGUUUUUGGUUUUAUUUUGUCUGACGGUUGAAGUCAAAGAACUAUACAGCCGCAGUUUCCAUGUAAUGUAGGUAUGCACGUGAGAGUCACGUGAUAUUGCUGAUGAUGAGUAGUGAGGUUUGUAACUUUGUAGUUGUAUUUUA